AUGGAGGUUACCUAUAACGAUGAGGAUCUUGAUCUUAGUGAACCAGAAAACCUUGACUUGCAGACUGGCCUACACGUUAUCGUUAAAUAUGAAGACAACUAUUACCCAGGAACCGUUCUAAAACAUGAUCUUGAAGGCGCUGAAAUUAAGACCAUGGUGAGUGUUGGCAUUGAGGCUUGGAAGUGGCCAACAAAGGAAAAUGUGCUCUAUUAUUUCAAUGAGGAUAUUGUGUGUAUCAUCAAAAAAUCAAAAGCUGUGUUAAAAAGUUAUUCAGAGCCAACCCAAGGGUAGUUAGCUUCGCUAGAAAAAGAAAAUUUCUUGAGGGUGUCCAUCACUGGGUCA